AUGAGAUAUACCUCUCUCUUCGCCGCCGUCACGGCUGCUCUGGCCAGCACCGCCGCAGCCGUUGGCGUCUCGGGAGCCGCCGAGGGCUUCGCAAAGGGCGUCACUGGAGGUGGAAGCGCCACCCCCGUGUACCCUAGCACAACCGAUGAGCUGGUCUCAUACCUCGGCGACAGCCAGGCCCGCGUCAUCGUCCUCACCAAGACGUACACCACCUCCCUCCCCGCCAUCUUCGACUUCCGCGGCACCGAAGGCACCACGACCUCCACGGGCUGCGCCCCCUGGGGCACCAGCUCCAAGUGCCAGCUGGCCAUCAACCAGAACUCGUGGUGCGACAACUACGAGCCCAACGCCCCCAAGGCCAGCGUCAGCUACGACAACGCCGGCGUGCUCGGCAUCACCGUCAACUCGAACAAAUCCCUGAUCGGCCAGGGCAGCGCCGGCGUCAUCAAGGGCAAGGGGCUGCGCAUCGUCAGCGGCGCAAAGAACAUCAUCAUCCAGAACGUCGCCAUCACCGACAUCAACCCCAAGUACGUCUGGGGCGGAGACGCCAUCACCCUCAACAACGCGGACCUGGUCUGGAUCGACCACGUCACUACCGCCCGGAUCGGUCGCCAGCACAUCGUCCUCGGCACCCAGGCCGACAACCGCGUCACCAUCUCCAACUGCUACAUCAACGGUGUCUCGGACUACUCUGCCACCUGCGACGGCUACCACUACUGGGGUAUCUACCUCGAUGGCUCCAGCGACAUGGUCACCAUGAAGGGUAACUACAUCUACCACACCAGUGGCCGCUCCCCCAAGGUCCAGGGUAACACUCUGCUGCAUGCUGUCAACAACUACUGGUACGACAACUCGGGCCAUGCCUUUGAGAUCGGCUCCGGUGCCUACGUGGUCGCCGAAGGCAACGUCUUCCAGAACGUCGAGGUCGUCGCCGAGUCCCCCAUCUCCGGCAAGCUCUUCACCUCCCCCGACGCCACCACCAACAAGGUCUGCUCUUCUUACCUGGGCCACACCUGCCAGGUCAACGGCUUCGGAAGCUCCGGCACCUUCAGCCAGGCUGAUGAGGACUUCCUCUCCAACUUCAAGGGCAAGAACAUUGCCUCCGCUUCCGCCUACACCACCGUUGUCUCCAGUGUUACCGCCAACGCUGGCCAGGGUAAGCUGUAA